AUGAGAGUGGCUUGGCCUUCUUCUCGCCAAUUCCAACGCCGUUUCCUCAUAUCUGCCAUUCUGUCCGCCUUCGCCAUCUGGUGCCUCCUCUCACCAAGCCCGAAACAUGAAGCGCGGCCAGCCGAGUUGGAGCGGCAAUACCCCUUGCUUUGGCGGCACGUGCAUACAUUCAACGGUACUGGAGGAGCAUGGUAUAUUCCACCCUCCUGGUUAUCGUCUGCCGACGUUCAGCCCGAGACAAUAGUUGAUGCAGCUCUUCUGGCUUCGCAAGCUGCCAACAGCAACAAGCGCCGCUUCAUCGACCAUUCUUCGAUUCCGUUACUUCUUCACCAAACUUGGAAAAAUCGACGUGUCGACAAAUGGUCAGAUCUGCUCCGCGCCAGUGUGGAGAAAUGGUUGCAGCAUGUAGUGGAAGAUGACAUGGCCUACUUCUUCUGGGAAGACGACGGCAUUGUACGAAUGUUAGCCGAGUUCGAACCUGAAUUUGUUCAUCGCUUCUUAUCCUUGCCUUCGAAUGUGGAACGAGCUGAUGUCUUCCGCAUUUUGGUUUUGAAAUGGUUUGGUGGAAUUUACGCAGACGUGGAUACUCGUCCGCUUCGUCGGCCUGCAAGUUGGAUAUCCGCUUCUGAUCUUGCUCCCUGGACGGACUCCGUGACGGAAAUGGAGUUUUCUUUCGACAAUCCAGUCAGCAGCAUUCUCGGCCUCGAAGCUGACUGUGCGCCUCAUAAGAGCGACUACUGGCGUAUGGGGUAUUCAUACCCUGUGCAACUCACACAGUGGGCUUUAGCUUCAAGCUCUGGCCACGCCGUUCUUCUACGCUUCAUGGACACCCUUCAACGAAGAUUAGAAGAUGUUGCAACGCGCAACCGGGGAGAUAUCAACGCUCCAGAGGCGGUCAGGGAACUACGACAAAUUGGGCCGCUGUCCCUGACAGGACCAGUUGCUGUGACCGUCGCAGCGAAGACUUGGCUAGAGGAGCGAACCGGGUUGCGUUGGAAUGCUUUGACGGGGUCGGCAGAUGGUGGUCAAAGCAAGCUGGUGGAAGAUGUUCUGGUUUUACCAAUCACCGGAUUUAGCCCUGGACGAGGCAGAUACGGCAAUAUGGGCUCGAAGCCCGUCACAGACCCGUCAGCGCGAGUUUGGCAUCAGGCGCAAGGGUCUUGGCGCACCUUCGACCCGAAAGUCGAGUUCGGAAAAGUCUGUCGGACUUUGUUUGGUUUGUGCAAAGACUGGUCGAAGCAACCAGAGUGA